UAUAGUGUCGAUACAGCAGUGUGAUCUUCAUGUGCUGCAGACGUCAUGUGACCGUGGGAGUGGCAGAAAAUCCGGAAACAAACAGCCCAGCGCAGCCGAAAGUCAAGAGAAAGCUCUUCGUCAUGGCGUACCAGGCGGGGACUCCCGAGGAGCUCAGCGCCUUAGUUAACGACAUCAGCGCCAACAUACAGAAGAUCACACUGCUGACCUCCGAGCUGCAGAGGGCAGUGUCUCUCCUGGAAACGGAGCAGGACAGCGGUCAGCUACGACACACAUUGCAACAGAAACAGCAGCAGGGCAACCACCUCGCCAAGGAGACCGACCGACUGAUGAAAGUCUUCAGUGCACGUCCCGUUGGCCCCGAUCAACGGCAGAGAAAAAUACAGAGAGAGCGCCUGUUGAACGACUUCUCCGCCGCCCUGAAUAGCUUCCAAAAGACCCAGCGGAAGGCGGCCGACAAAGAACGAGAGUUUGUGGCCAGAGUCAGAGCCAGCUCCAGGGUGUCGGGAGGCCAGCCUGACGACAGCUUUGGAAAUGUGGCUGCGUUCACAAAUGAAACCCAGGUGCAGGCUCAGGCCGAGGCCAUCACCGAAGACGACCUGAGGCUGAUCCAAGAGAGAGAGACGUCCAUCAGGCAGCUGGAGUCUGACAUCACAGAUAUCAAUGACAUCUUCAAGGACCUGGGGAUGAUGGUGCAUGAGCAGGGAGACAUGAUAGACAGUAUAGAGGCCAAUGUGGAGAGUGCCGAUGUGAAUGUCCAGAGCGCCACCCAGCAGUUAGCACGGGCUGCACAAUACCAGAGGAGCUCACGGAAGAAGAUCUGCAUCCUGGUGGUAGUGUUGGCGGUAGUUGCUGUGAUAGUAGGACUUAUCAUCUGGGGAGCCGUCGGCGGCAAAUAAAAGGCUUCUUCUCCUCUUCAGUCGUCAGCCUGGACAAAGAAGGAAGUAUCGUCCUUUCACUGCUGCGCCUCCCAUAUUUCUCAGCCCUUCUUUUUGUCAAAUCUGCCUGUCUUUAUUUGGAAUGCACACUCUCUUCACUUUAAAAAAACAAACUAGCGCUGGUAGCUUUAUCGUUACAAUUGGCUUUAAUUGAAUUUUUUUGUGUUUGAUUUUACCAAUUAUUUUCUGUAAAUGUCAAGAUUUUUAUCCUCAGCCAUUUGUCCCGUGAAACACAGAAUUUUCAUUAUCUCCAUUGAGCUACAUGUUGAAUAAUGUACAGAAUAGACAGAGCUCCUUGAUGCAGUGGAGCAGCACAGAGUGUCUGGAAGCAGGUACGAGGUAUUUAACCUACAAGAUCUGCUCCUAUCAAUAUGCCACAUUCCUGCAGCAAUAUGCCACAUAUCAAAUGCUACGUGUUUCUCUGCAGUUUCACUGUGAAUCAAGUGCACUAUGUACAUUUCUUGCACAAACACAAACGUAAACUACAUUUAUCUUAUCCUGACCCUGUGGCCUGGGACAAAUCUGUUUUUUCCUCUUUUUUUAAAUCUCGUGUUCUUGAGUUCAUCAUAAAUGAAAUGUAUUGUUAUUUUCUGUUCAAAUUCAUGUUGUUGUAUACUAAUGUUAAAUGAAGAAAUACUGUUCUUGGAAUUAUUACUUAAAGUUGCACUCCACUAUCAGAUGGUAAGUGGUGUGUUUCCUGUGGCUGCACCAACUGUAAGUGUGUAGCUCAGAGAUGCAAAGCAUAAUAUCAAGGAGAAUGUUUUUUUUAUUAAUCAAAUAACCUGUCACAGAUGACUACACUCAGCAGACGGUGACAAGAGGGUCACUCAGAUUUAUUUAAAACCCCUGCGAUACCUCACAGGCGUCCUUGUGCGGCUGUAGCUACAGCAACCAGAGGCGCUUCUGAGAAAACUCCUCUGUGUGCAUGCUCACAGAAAAGCUGGAUAAACUAUUUUAUUAUUUAUACAAACAAAUAAAAACCAAUAAGUAAAAAGUGCCACAUCAGUUUGACCUAGAAGGAAAAAAUAAUCAUCACAUAAUUUUUGUUUUAAAUAUUGACAUUUAGUCUAAUAAAUAACCUGAAUGUACUGAAUCAGAAAUGAGAAUGGUGCUUUUUACCUAAUUGUAAUUUUUACAUAAUUAUGAUUCUUCAAUAAAAGUAUUUAGUCGUAA